AUGCGUAAUUUUCCUCAAAUCGACACUACAACACUUCCUCGCAUCUCCCAAAUAGACUGUUUACCCCAAAACCGUGUAGAUCCUGCAACGUUCGAAGAGACUCGUAGAGCACAGAAAAUAGACGAACAUAAAAAAGAAAUCAUGUCUCAAACAGCUGCUUUGAAAGAACAACAUUAUGGCCGCAGAAGGACGCUGAAUUAUGGCCCAGGAAAUUUACCACCUAUUUCUCAAAUAUCCAUGGGGGGAAGACAACUCCCCGACGAUAAAGGUCCUGGUGAAAGUUUAAAACUUCCCCCCAUUUCACAAGUCAGUUGCCUCGGAGGAUACGUACAUGAGAAAAAUAUCUUGGAAAAGCCCAUAAAAACUAGAAUCCGGGACAGUGAUUCUGAUUAUGUAAAGCGUGCAAAAGCUGGAGGUCAAAGAAACUUGUUGAGUUUCAUAAGUACGCCAGAGAUGGCGCGCGAGUACAAUAAAGAUGGAAACCCGGCGAAAGCUCAUUCCUCGCGUUACCUCCCCGGGUUCACGUCAGAGUCUGAUCCAAGAUGGCGUCCGUCACAUUGGUCAGACUUUACUCGUCAGAGACAACAACGCCAUGGCGAUCAGAGGCUAAUAUGGAGGUAGAUUUGUAAGUUAUUGCAAAAACAGUACCAUAUCAAAAGGUUACUAAUCUACUGAGGGACUGUAAAAUGUAUGAUUUGCGCUUAAAUAGUCAGUUCUAUGUAUUAAUCUGUCAAAAGACGAGGUGAACUUGAACAAUGUGUAUAUACAUUUCUUUGCCUUGCCUACUUGCGUGUAUACAGAGGGGCGAAUGAGGCGCCACUUUAGUACAAAAAUACUCGUUCAUGCACACGUAUCCGGGGUUUUAAUCAUAAAAACACUGAAAACAGGAAGACAGGCUCAUUUAGUCACUGGGAGGGAACUUUUACUCAGUCAUAUGAUUGUAUCCCUUAGGGACUCCCUUAGGCCUGUCUACAGAAGUGAACCCAUCGCCUGGGGUUUUCUUGACAUAUUUUUAUUUUCAUCUGUGGUUAGUCCGCCUCAUGUGUCAAUGAGGCACUGUCAUCUGAAUUCCAUAUCUUCCCAUCUUUUUGCUGUUUUUGUUAACCAGGAUCUCUUCUCAUAUAGAAAAGGCUGCAGCAACACCAAUUUUCGGUGAAUGGAAGGAAAUGGAUACAUAUUAUAGAAACUACUUUUUAAGGUGACUCGAGAACCUCUCUUUAUUAAUCCACUGUCAAAAUUGAUCUUAGAGGUCUUCCAAAUUACAUUCUAGUGUCAGUUGGGCAGAUUUCUUCUGGGCGUCGCUUUUGCAGUCUCUGGCUGGGCAAAAGAAAUCAAUUGAGGUAGCUUAAGCAACCACGACGACGGAGGCAACAAGAACGUCAAAAACGAUUGGUUUUAUAAGCAAAAUAACAGCUCAGGACGUGCAUCAUACUUUUUGGCUCAUCUCUCUGACAUCUACUAGACGUGAAACUUUCUUACGCGACGUUAUAUAGAGAACGUGAACACACGAAGACGAUUUUUCCUUUUUUCUUUUUAAACUUGAAUGAAGAAUCAGUAAAAUUUCCCUACAUUUGACAAACUGAGUGAGGCUAAAUAAACGUGAGAAAGUGAAAAAGAUUGCAAUCUCAUUUUUUUAAUAGUGAGGUUUUCCACUAUCGUCGUUGUCGUGGUUGCUUUAUAAGCUCCCUCCUAUAAAUACCGGUUGCAUGAGAACUACUCGCAGGAUAGUUUCCCGCCCUUUUUACCGGCUGCGUGCAUUUACGUCGUAGUUCUCGUAGCAUAUGGUUUCCGCCUGGAUUCGUUAAGAAAUUGAAACUAUGAUCAAGAUAAGGGAAAUAGAGGAGGGAGCGCUUCACCUGCACCUUUCUCAACAAACAAGCACGGAAACGCUUGCUACGCGGGCUAUUAACGCCGCUCAGCCAUUGGCCAAUUCGGUAUUUAGUCCUGCGCGCGCUGUCGUCACUGUACCUGUCGUCUGGUCGUCUUCGCUAAAUAUAUCUAUCCUAUUGUGUUAUUAAACAACCAUGUAAAUAACCGAGUAAAUACCGUAUUCCUUGUGCGGCAAAAUAUGGAAAUAAAAUGUAGUCAUAAAUUCUAUGCAAUUUUACUGCAUUGGUCUUCCUAUUCCUGUAGCCCUGGCUGAGGCAGUGGGUCAUUUUACCCACUCCUGACACAUUAAACGUAGUUUUACCACUGUUUUGCUUCUUCAGUUAUGACGUCGAUUUAACACACCUAAAAACUGUUACCCAUUGGUCAUUUCUCCUGGCACUCCUCCGUAGUCCAAUUCGCAGGCAAUCGAUCCGUCGCAAGACUAGCCUCAAGACAGAAGCUGGUCGACCAAGUCGAUAGAUGAGCAGGGAACCAAAAGAAUGAAUUAAAUGCCUUUUGCUUUCUUUUGUUUUAUUCUGCGCCCGAAAAUACAAGCGUGUUUAAAAAUAAUGAGAAAAGCAAGAGCGCAGCCAAAGUGUAAAUAACUGCAUAAUUCCUCCUCUUUGGGUAAAGGUUACCACUGCGAGUCAAAUGCCUACGUCGAGGGCUUUUCUCAUCCUAUUGUAAAUGACUCGUUGGGAGUUAGUUAAUUGUCGUUUGAGUUGCAUUCCCCCUCGCCUAACUGCUAUUCCUAAACGCCUUUUAUAUAGCAUGUUCAGUGCUUACACGAUAAAAAAAAAUGUUCAAUAUAUUAUUUAGCAACUCAGCUUUGCGCUCGAGGCCUUCUGACGCAACCUUGCACUUUCUUUUCUUUUCUUGUGUUUCCGCGCUUCAUCAGUAAAAUGCAGCCUAGAGCUGAGACAGUGGUGUGUUUGCAAAAAGUGCAAAGGAUGGAACUAUGAAAGCUGGAGUCUGCAGUCCAUAUUAGAAAGGUUAUGCUCUUUAAAGCAGUUAAACAAUGGAGUGCUCAAGGGAAAUAAAACUGAGGAGUUGGAACGGAGAAAACUAGCUUCGUUUUUUAGUUGCAUAAGAUUUCAACAACUUGUAAUAAGAAAAAUAAACUUUACCUCAUUAAUGGUCUUUUUUAAUUAUGAAAACGUUCGCUGUUUAAAAAUAGUUCGAGCUUUCAUUUGCCUGAUCUGUAGUUUUCAAAGGGAGAAAUGACUAAACCAUGCACUCACGCUACACACUUAGUUUUUUCAAAUCCCCUGUUAACACAAGGAAAUGCAUUUUCACACUCUCGACUUAUAAGUAUUCGAACUCUUUGCACCAAUUCGUUUACAAGCAACACAACUUUGGAGUUAUCUAGCCACCAGUGACUAUUAGUGAUAAAAAAUCCACAAAUUAAUUCAAAUUGUUUUCAAAUACGUCAUAUUUGUGAUAGCAGAUUGCUCACGAUGCGUCAUAAUUCAUUAUAUAAAGAAACAGCUAAAUUAGCUCGCGCGGCUGGCUAAUUUAGAUGUAUUACGCGUGAAAACUAUAAUUACUAUGAAAACACUUUGAUAUUGCUUUGGCUUGGGUCUGAAAAAAUUAAUCUUUAUGAUGGAGCAACCAGUAAGAAGCCACUCUUGAAAAUCGUUUUUAUUAUAAGGUAAGUGAGCUUAUUCAAAUACACUUACUAUACCUAACGUAGAUAAAAGUUGAUUUGGCUUAGAAAAAGAUGUCUAAGAUUUUUUUUUUGGACAGUCGAAGAGGUUUUAUUGAAUGUUUUCUUCUAGUUUUGUUUGUUUUGUUUUACGUGAUCUUAUUAGCAGUUAAGGCUAGAUAUUAUGGAUCAAGAAUAUUUCAGUCGUAGUUCUGUAGUUUAUUUAUUAAUGACUACAGUAAACUUGAGUGCUAAUGAGCAGUUCGAGAUUUUAUCGAGUCAAAUUUCUACUCCCGAGGUCCAGCAACUAAACAACAUAUUAAGUAGCGUGAAUCAGGGAUAUUUUUCCUUUAGUUUUUACAGUUGUUCCCUGCUGUUUCAAGAAUUAACUCAUGGUUGGCCAUAAUUAUCGACAUUAAUAAUUCACUGACACCUACGUAAAUACACCAAAAAAUACUUCUUUUCUUUCGAAAAUGGUCUAAUUGUACAACAGACUGAACUUAUUAAUGAGGUCGGUCAGUUUAGUGCAAAGAGAUUAACAGAUUUCAUGCUGCUAACGGAUCGACUCCUUUAGGUUUUCGGGAUAAUUGCUGAGGUAAAAGGAGUCAUAUUUGGGGAAAAAUGGUGAAGCCAUUUUACAAGCCCUUAGACAGACCAGAAAGAGAGGAGAUUUGGUAUUGCUAUUCCAUACCCAAUCGCGAAAAGCAAGAUUCAAAAACUCUGCCUAAAGUUCCUAUUUCUCAAGUACCAGAUUUAACGAAUGAGACUGUGAAGGAAGACAGUGCUUUGCAGAAAAACAUUAACGUUGGACGUGUCCUGGAAACGGACUCAAAAUACGUGAAGUUGGCCAAAACAGGAGGGAGAAAAAACCUUUUAUGCUAUCUGGAAAACGAACCCAAAAAUACUGGACCCAAAGCUUAUCAUGUCCCAGAAUGGUAUCAUCACGGUGAUGGAAAAGGAGAGGAGGAAAAGGUGCUAAGCGAAGAAGAAAAGCGCAAGAAAUAUAAAGUAACUUAUGGAAAGCGAAGUUACAAAACUCUCGAAAAAUCCAAAACGUACGAACGACCUGAUUACAUGACGCAUUUAGAGCCCGAAGAACGUAAAGACGCAUUCGAUGUGUCCGAUCGGAUUCCUGAUCGUCCUCUCUUCGGUUACGACAGUUUUUCGUAUUGGAAGCGAGACGAGCUUGAGAAGUCGAAUAAACUUCCUUGCUUGGUGCCAGAAAAUAAAUUACAGCCGAGUAAGAGAAAAGAAGCGCAUGCGGAAGGCUCAAUUCAAAGUAAGCCUGAGGUUCGGGCUAAGAAGAAACUGAUAAAGCUAUCAAAGCAAUCUACAAAAGAAAUAGUUCCAGGGUACAGAAAAAUUGAUGACAGGUUUGGGUAUAUUACUAAGUGGCACGACAAAUGGUAUGCACAAGCCGUAAGGAGCUAA